AUGCCGGUCAGCCUAGCCAGGUAUGGAUUAACAUUUUCUGGUGGCGGCGAAGCCGCGACCUUACGAGAAGUCGUUGCUUCGUCUUCUUGUUGUCACGGCAUUAUUAUUGUUAUUAUUAUUAUUAUUAUUUGUUCAUUUUUCCUCGUCCUUGCAUUGACACAUGCAGUGGAAGAUAAGAACCAACAAAAGAAACCUGAAACUCUUAAACCUAAACGUCACAUUUCCAAUAACAUAUACGAUGAAUUAGAUGGAGGUCACCAUCACCAUGGAGGUCAUGGAGGAUCAUCAUACCAAUAUGGAUACCAACAAACAAUCCCCACAUCAUCACACCUAGUCAGUAAUACUCAUGAAUAUCAUCAAGUAAAUCAACAAGUACCAGUACCGGUUCCACAACCCUACCCAGUAACAAUUACCAAGACAGUACACGUACCACAGCCGUAUCCCGUUGAAGUACCGAAGCCGUACCCAGUACCUUAUCAAGUUAACGUCCCAUAUGAAGUACCUAAACCCUACGAAGUAAAAGUUCCACAGCCAGUACCAGUACAUAUCAAAGAACAUGUUCCUGUGGAAGUACCAAGACCAUAUCCAGUUGAAGUGAAAGUACCCGUCCAAGUACCCGUUGAAAAAAAAGUAUAUCUUAAGGUACCCGUUCAUGUUCCAGAGCCAUAUCCCCAGCCCUACCCCGUUCAAGUAACCACCAGAGAAGAAGUUAAAGUACCCACACCUAUAUUUGUAAAAGAACGCAAAUAUAUCCAUUCUUAUGAAACAAGUAACGACGCACCAUGUGACCAUGGUCAAUAUGGAAACCAAUAUGGUAGUCAGUACGGCAGCCAACAUGGUAUUGAUUUGAACACCCAAUACAGUCAUAGCUAUGGUAACCAAUAUGGCGGUCAACAGGGUAAUAACGAUUGGAGCGGUCUUGUAAAAUCAUAUGUUCCUAGCUCUCAAUAUUAUGGAGAUCAAAAAUCUUUUGGUUCAGAUUUGAGCUCACAAUAUAGUAGUGGACAACUUAUUUCCUACGGUAAUCAAUAUGGUUCAUCCGGAAAUCAACAUGGUUUAUACGGUAACCAAUAUGGUUCAUCCGGUAACCAAUAUGGUUCAUCCGGUAGUCAACUGGGUUACGGUAAUCAAUAUGGUUCCUACAGUAACCAAUAUGGAUCCUCUGUUGGAGACUCGAGUGCACAAUACAGUAACAACUACGAAUCUCAUUCUGGUGCUAUAAACGGUAAAGACGAUUAUAGUGGUCUUUUAAAAUCAUACGUUCCCAGUUCUCAGGGUGGUUACAAUAAACUAGGAUGGUAAAUAGACAUUUUUAAAUAAUAUUUCGAAUGAUGGCGUAAAAUGGUAACGCUAAG